UCUCUACAGUCUCUGGUCAUCUCCUGUACUAUGUCCGCAGUCUCUGGUCAUCUCCUGUACUAUGUCCGCAGUCUCUGGUCGCCUCCUGUACUAUGUCCGCAGUCUCUGGUCGUCUCCUGUACUAUGUCCGCAGUCUCUGGUCGUCUCCUGUACUAUGUCCGCAGUCUCUGGUCAUCUCCUGUACUGUGUCCACAGUCUCUGGUCAUCCCCCGUGCUGUGUUCGCAGUCUCUGGUCAUCUCCCGUGCUGUGUCCCCAGUCUCUCAUCAUCUCCCGUGCUGUGUCCGCAGUCUCUGGUCAUCCCCUGCGCCGUGUCCGCAGUCUCUGGUCAUCCCCUGUGCCGUGUCCGCAGUCUCUGGUCAUCCUCUGCGCCGUGUCCGCAG